AGCGGAUAAACACUCCCUCCCUCCCCAACUCCCCUCAGCAUGCAAUUCCUUUGAAGAAAACCUCCAGGCCUCCAUUAUGGCUUCUUUGCCUUCAGUGGCUGUCAAUGGCAAUCUCAAGCUCGACCAAGAAUUCAGAAAACACCCCACAAGUUUUCUUCCUUCAGAAAGGAGCACAAACGUGUCGUAUCAGAAAAGUCACAGAGUCACCACUUUGAAUGGAAGUUCAGAACCCAAGUCUCUGGACUUCCGAGAAGCGCUUUCGAUGAUUAGAGAGGGUGAAAAUGUUGAGUCAACUUACUACGUCCCUGUUUUGCAAGAAUGUAUAGACAAGAAUUCGGCUUCAGAAGCGAAAAUUGUUCAUGCCCACAUCAUAAAGACCGGAACCCACCAAGAUUUGUUUGUCUCAACGUUCCUUGUCAAUGUUUAUGCAAAAUGUGGAAACAUGGAAAAUGCUCGUAAAGUUUUCGACAAUUUGCCAAAGAGAAACGUUAUUUCGUGGACAAGUUUGAUGACAGGUUAUGUUCACAGUUCGCAGCCAGAAGUUGCCAUUCAUGUUUUCCAAGAAAUGUUGGAAGCUGGGGCUUAUCCUACGAAUUACACUCUAGGAAUUGUUUUAAAUGCUUGUUCUUCUUUGCAAUCCGUUUACUUAGGGAAGCAAUUGCAUGCCUACAGUAUCAAGUACCAGAUUGACUUUGACACUAGUAUCGGCAACUCUCUUUGCAGUUUAUACUCGAAAUGCGGAACCUUGGAAUCCGCUGUUAAAGCAUUUAAGAAAAUUGAAGAAAAAAAUGUGAUAUCAUGGACUGCAACCAUAUCUGCUUGUGGUGAUAAUGGCGAAGCUGUAAGGGGUUUGAAAUUUUUCACUGAAAUGCUCUCUGAGGGCAUUGAGCCUAAUGAGUACACCCUAACCAGUGUCUUGAGCUUGUGUUGUUUAAUGCUGUCUUUGGAUGUGGGGACGCAGGUUCAUUCGUUAAGCAUUAAACUUGGCUAUGAAUUGAACCUGCCAAUAAGAAACUCUAUCAUGUAUUUGUACCUCAAAUGUGGAUUGAUAAAUGAGGCUCGAGAAUUGUUUAAUGGAAUAGGAGCUAUCAGCUUGGUUACCUGGAAUGCAAUGAUUGCAGGCCAUGCACAAAUUAUGGAUCUUGCAGAGGAUAAUCUCUCAGCAUACCAAAGUGGAACUGAGGCACUUAACCUUAGUUUAGUGGCCUUACAACAGGGAGAACAGAUUCAUGCUCAGACCAUUAAAUCUGGGUUUCUUUCAGAUAGGGUAGUAGGAACUGCCUUAGUCAAUAUGUACAAUAAAUGUGGAAGCAUCGAAAAAGCAAGCAAAGCUUUCGUGGAAAUGUCUACCAGAACUUUGAUAUCAUGGACUACUAUGAUCGCAGGUUUUGCACAGCAUGGGAAGACUCAGCAAGCACUGCAGCUCUUUGAGGAUAUGAGAAUUGCAGGAGUUAGACCAAAUCAGGUUACUUUUGUGAGUGUUCUCUCGGCUUGUAGCCAGGCUGGGAUGGUCAAUGAAGCACUUGGUUUCUUUGAGAUGAUGAAAAAGGACUAUAGGAUUAAGCCUGUGUUGGACCAUUUUGCCUGCCUGAUUGAUAUGUACAUGCGGUUGGGUCGGUUAGAAGAAGCCUUUGCUCUUGUCAAGAAAAUGGAUCCUGCACCAAAUGAGUUUAUAUGGUCCAUCUUGGUUGCAGGGUGUAGAAGUCAUGGGAAUUUUGAAUUGGGAUUUUAUGCUGCUGAGAAGUUGCUCGAGCUCAAACCAAAAGAUACUGAGACUUAUGUCUUGUUGUUGAAUAUGUACCUCUCUGCAGGAAGAUGGAAGGAUGUUUCUAAGGUGAGAAAAAUGAUGAAAGAGGAGAAGCUUGGGAAACUAAGGGACUGGAGCUGGAUUAGCAUUAAAGACAAGGUCUUUUCAUUUAAACCCAAUGAUAAAUCUCAUCCUUACAGUGUAGAUACACACAAAUUCGUAGAAAGUUUGAUUGAUCAAGUCAAGAGCCUUGGAUAUGACUCACUAGAAAGUUUGGAAGUAAUCGAUGAGGAUGAAGAACAGACGUUGUCUUAUACUGCUUAUCACAGUGAAAGGUUGGCAAUUGCUUUUGGAUUGUUGAACACACCAAAUGCUGCGCCAAUUCGGGUCAUCAAAAGUCUCAUUAUGUGCAGAGAUUGCCAUAAUUUUGUGAAGUUUCUAUCAACACUGACUGGUAGGGAAAUAGUCAUUCGAGACAGCAAGUGCCUCCACAAAUUUGUGAACGGAACAUGUUCAUGUGGGGAUUUUGGAGGUCAUCUUUGAUAUCUUUCGUAUGAAAAAGUGGGAAAAAGUCCCGAGUUCUUCAAUCUGUCGAGGUUGAAAAGUUCAUGCUAGUUUGAUCCAUCAUUGGAAUGGGAGGAUCUUUAUAGCACAGUUAAACCUCGCAUAACCCGUUUGGAAUGGGAGGAUCUUCGGGCUAAAACUUGGUGCUUUUGGUGAGUGAAGUCACUUAUACGGCAGGCUGUAAGAGCUGGCCGUUCAAGUGAUCCUUGAAUAUAGUCACAAUCCCAGUUGGUAGUUGUGAGACACUUUGAAGGAUUUGACUGAAUUUAUAUGUUGUCUGUUGGUCAA